AUGACCGAAUCAAAUCAGCACGACGAUUUCUUAGCUACUUGGAUGUUCGUUUCGAGAAUACAGUACUGGCUGGUGCUCAUCUUUGCUUUCCUAUCAGUCUUGAUCCUCGUCGUUGCUGUGUGGAUUGUUCUCCGCAUCAAACGCUCUCACUAUUUCUAUUUCCUUCUAUCAAUCGUUUGUGCCGAUUUGGCAAUGUUAACGAUUAUUCUACUCGAAUUACUCUCACAAACGUUGUUUCCAUUGAUGAAAGGUCCUUUAUUGUGCAAAGCGAUGCAUUUCUUCUCAAACGUUGCUGCCACUUUUGUCAACUGGACAUGGGUGUUGAUGUUUGUGCAACGAUUUGCUCUCGUUUUUUUCCCGUUAAAGCGAGUCGAUCGUGGUGUGUUCGGUGUUCUGAACUCGAGCAAGAAAUUGCUUCUCAUCAACCUCGCUUUUUCAUCGAUCACCCAAAGUUGGGCUCUUUUGCUCAUUACAGAGAAAGAGAUCGAAGGAGGAUUGGUGGUUUGUGAAAGAGAUGCGAGGUGGUUGAGUGAACGCGGCUUUCAAAUGGUUGCUGUCGGAGAGGCGGUUGCCACUUAUGUUCUUCCAUUUCUCGCCACUCUUGCCACCGAUUUGACCGUUUUAAUGUGGAACUAUCGAACAACCAGAUUCACUCUAGUGACAACUGACGGAAUCAAAUACAAGAGCUCAAACGAUUGUGAGGGUUUCAAAAUCCAAAGCAGUAAAGGGAUUGAGUCUCGAGAACGGCGUCGACAAGCGGCGAUUCGACGAUGUUUAGCAAUGGCAACGAUACAGGCUGCCUUAAAUGCUCCCCAUUAUGCGCUACAAGUGAUCGAUGAGUUGUGCCAAUUGAGCACUUCCCGCUUCGCGAAAACCUACUAUUAUAUGGAUGCUGUUUUGUAUCAAUUGUAUUUAAUGCAAUUCCCAAUUGUCAUCCUGUACAUUUAUCAAAUCGAGAGGCAAACGAAUGCGAAUACGAAUUCGACGAAGAUGACUGCCUCGAUGGCUCACUCAACAACGGCCCUUUGUCCCCCCGUCUCCCCAUCUCCACACUCAGCAAUCAUUCGAUCAAGUUCUCAUCGCUUCUCUCCACCCAGUCCCCCGUUGGACCCGCCACCACCGAAAGCGAUCUCAGUGAUCACCAAAAAUAUCUCUCAUCGACACUCUUUUCGUGGAUAUUAUCAAUUUCAUGAGCUU